AUGGCGAGCUCACCGUCUCAUCGUUCGACUCAGUCUUCGAGCAACAAUCUGCAGCCACCGGGACAGGGAUCUGCAGAUGGAAUAAAGCAGCAGAGAAGAAUGACCUCGCCUGUAGGAUCCCUGGCAUUGCCUGAAGGAGCGCGCAGGACCUCACCGCGUCCACCGUCGCCCCUUCGUCAGGGGUUUAUCAUGGACACUUCAACGGGAAUAGACCCUAACGGCUCAGACGAUGGCUCAGACGACGACGACGACGACGACGACCCAGCCAAAUGGCAUAGGUCUCCAUCCCCGGCCUCAUCCGUCUCGCAUCUGGCUGCCAGCUUUGUUCAACGGAUGAACCACUUCGUAGGAGGAAUUGGGCCGAAAUCUCCUUUACCCAGUGAUGCAGAGCUAGAAGCAGAGGCCGAGAGAGAACGCGACCGGAGUCGACGGGAGGCAGAGGCGAUUCUUACGCGUGAGGCACAGCAGCGCAAGCUCGUCGAAGAACGCGUUCUGGCAAUGAUGGAGACGGCAAAAUCAUUGCCACCUCCCCCUUCACGUUCACAGAGCACCCCGAAUCCGCCAUCGCCCUCAAAUUCGCAGAAGGAGAGCAAUUGGUGGACAGCGGCAAAGAACAAGCUGACACCGACAAAGGAGCCCCUUACGCCCGCUCAACAGGUUAUUCAGGAUGCCAAGGCGCGGGAGAAGGACAAUAAGAAGAAUCUCAAAGGCAAAGAAAAGGAGAAGGAAAAGGAAAAGGAUAAAGAAAAGGAAAAGGAUUGGCCAUCUAAUGCAUCGAGAAAGUUUAGUGACCCUGCCUACUCAAACCUCAAUAUACCCGUGGCCCCUCCUCAGAGAAAGCCGGUUCCUUCUUCUCCCCAAUCGCCCACUCCUUCACGUCCCAGUCUCUCGAACAUGCCUCCAAAUCUCACACCUUCGCCUAUGCGCUCUGCGGACAGUAUCUCCGCGUCCCCUUCGCGGGAGGCGCCCCCUCUUUAUGUCCAAUUUAAUCCUCAGGGUGCAGUAGACAUGCCUGGAACGCUUCUAGCCAUAGCAAAACGAUUUGAAAAGCUAGAAAAAUGGACUGUCGGACACGUUCGCGCCCUCGAAGAGCGAAUGAAUGAUGUGGAGAAAUGGUUGGUUGAAAAAGAAAAUCAGAAAGAGGCGCCUACCGGGGUGUCUCAUGAACUCCAGGAGAUCAGGGAAGGAAUGACAGAGCUCCAAGGCCGUGUAGGUGAACUGGGACGCGAGAUGGCCAAACUUGCGACCGCGCCUUCGAGGUUGUCAUCAGGUCCCAUAACUCAGCAGGCCUCUGUUUCUCCUCCACUUCCGACGACAUCUUCCGUCAUUGUGGAACAGCAACAUACUGGCUCCUCCUUACCCACCACCCCACACCAUCGCCGUAUAUCUGCGUCUGCUCUAGAAUCCACCAGUCCACCUCUGGCAUCGACAAAGACACCUUCCGGUACACGGCUGCCAUACCCACAAGGCGACUACACCUCGCCGCCCGAUGCUUUCUCUCCUCCUAAUUCCCCUCCCAGCUCGAUCAACGCAGCGCGCCGCCGUUCUCAAGGCUUGGCAAUCUCCGGGCUCCCUGCGACCAGUACUAGUCUGUAUUCAGCAGCAUCCACCAACAUUUCCACUACAUCGUUUUCCUCAACUUCGUCUUAUGGACGAACGAUGUCACCUACUCCGAUGUCCGCCAACCCCACUUCAAGCGCGGGAGCAGUGAGUCCAUCGCCCUCUGCAACCACCAACUCGAAUGCAGGGAGUAGCGGUCUGCCGCCUCCCAAGGCAUCCGGUAAACGACAGACCAGUGUGAGCCCGACACCGCGAAAACGGUACACUGUGGCUCUGGGCGGACCUAUUGUUGCACCACCAGACGAUCUAUCAUCCAACGCCUCGGAGCCCCAACAGCAGCCCAGGCGCGUCAGUACCCCGAAGUCCGCUUUGAAGUCCUCUACUGAUGAUGACGAUGAUGACGAUGAAGAGAAUGAAUUUGGAGGGGAAACUAUUGGGAAAUCUGCCGCCGCCAAAUUGGCCUCUGCUAACGCCAACGCCAACGCCAACGCUACAGGUGGGCAGGGCAAGGGCGAUUACAAAUCAGUGACGUCGUCAUCCCCGUCACCGCUCUCGAACAGGCGGCUUCGCGCGCAGUCUGCUUAUGGGUUCUCGAGUAUUCCCGGUGCAAGUGGGACGACUCCAACUGCUGCGCUCGCCCCGCCGUCCGUCGCGCCACUGCGCACGCGGUCCAAGUCGACGGAGCGACUGAACACAGGCGCGGGGACCCUAGCCCACGGUGCAGGGAACGGCGGUGGGACGGGUGAUGGGAUGGUGAGCGGGUUAGGGGCAGGAAGCGGCAAAUUUGUGGACCCGCUGGUGUUGAGGAAGCAGAGCAGAGAUUCGUUGAUGAAGCCUAUUGCUAUGCCUAAACCUGUUGGGAAGGUUCCCAUUGGUCAGCUUGUUGCGUUUUUCGACCAAGACAAGGAGAAGAAGUGA